AUGAGAAAAUUGUGUGACGUAAUUCUCUUCUCUUGCUUUCUUCUCCUUCUAACUUUUGUAGACGUUGAAGCAGAUUGUGAAGGCGGCUUAUUCGCCGUUAACAGCACUUACAGCGAAAACCUUAACUCUCUUUUUUCUUCUCUUGCAAGUAACGUCAUCGCUAACAACGGUUUCUACAACACUUCAACCGGAGAAGGCUCCAACAAAGUUUACGGACUUGCCCUUUGUGGACGAGGCUACCCGAAGCAAGCUUGCGUGAACUGCGUGGAGCAAGCGAUUCAAGAAUCGCAACAAAGAUGCCCAAAUCGAAUGAAAUCUUUCAGGUGGACCACUAGAGACAGUGACAAUGCUUCUUGCCUUAUACGGUACGCUAAUCAUUCUGUUUCUGCGAAACUCGAGCUUUUCCCACCUACUUUGUCAGAUAACCCUUUAAUCAUAGAGGAACCUAAGAGCCUUAAGCUUUUCCGACGAGAAUGGGAAGCAUUGACUAACCUAACAAUGCAGUCUGCUACUUCAGCUCCUGAAAAUUCAUCAGUUGUGCUCAAGUUCUAUAGCGUCGUAAGAGCAGAGUUCACAGAAUUUGCAAAUGUUUACAUGAUGAUGCAAUGCACUCCUGACAUUUUAUCUAGUGAGUGCAACAAAUGUCUUAGCCAAUGUGUGUUGAACUUUCAAAACAAUAAUUGGGGAAGCCAGGGCGGUGCGGGUCGGCUUCCAAGCUGUUACUUCCGGUGGGAUCUUUAUCCUAUCUGUGGAUCUUCUGAGAAUAUGACAAGAGUUUCUAUGAUUAGUCGUGCUAUUACUCUUCCACAAGGAGAUACGGUGUCACAACCUGAGAAUGACAAUAAAGGAAAAAGGAUUCGCAAUGGAACUAUCGCGAUAAUUGUUGUCCCUACAGUUAUUAACCUCUUCGUAUUUGUUGGUCUUUUCAUAAUCUUUGACCAGAGGAGAAAGGCCUAUAAUAAAAACAUCAACGAAUGCUUUGAUUCUGAUGGACAAUCUAUGUUGCGGUUUAGUAUUGGCAUGAUACUCUCUGCAACCGAUGACUUUUCACCUGAAAAUAAGCUUGGUCAAGGUGGAUUUGGAACUGUCUACAAGGGGAUUUUGCCGAACGGGCAAGAGAUAGCGGUUAAGAGAUUAGCAAGUGGUUCAGGACAAGGAGAUACAGAGUUUAAGAAUGAGGUUUCGCUCUUGACUCGACUCCAACAUAAAAACUUGGUCAAGCUUCUUGGGUUCUGUCAUGAAGGAGAAGAAGAGAUUCUUGUCUACGAGCUUGUGCCCAAUUCUAGUCUUGACCAUUUUAUCUUUGGUGAGUCUUUGUGA